AUGUCCACCGCCCGCCCCGCCUCUCUAAUCCCCCCCUCCUACCUCCCCUACCUCGCAAACACAACAGCAGCAGUCGCCAUCAUCCCCACCGCGCUCGGGAUAGCCUCCCUCCUCAACCCCCCCUCGGCCCUCGCGCGCCUCAGAUUCCCACGCGUGCAAGCCGACCACGCCGUGACCAACGGCGUCACACGCCUCGUCGGCGCCCGCAACCUCGCCGUCGGCCUCGCGAACUUGCUGCUCUGGUGGAAGGUGCGGAGGGGCGAGGUGGGGUAUUCGACGUUUGGGUCUGUGGCAUUGCUGACGAUGGGGACUUUGGUGGCGGCGGAUGGGUGGGUUGUUAAGGAUGUUGCUGGUGAGGGGGAGUGGGAGCAUUGGGGCUUCUUACCUGUUGUGACGGCUUUGGGAUUGGGGUUGAUGGGCGUUUAUUAA